AUGACAGAGAAAGAAGGAACCUCGAAGAAAUUGAUAUCAACUGUACCAUGGCACACAGAGAAUCGCUUGGGAGGUUCAGAGAAGAGGAAAAACAAGUACGUGGAUUUUGGGAGCAUUGUAAUUAGCCGUAAGGCACUCAAAUGGAUAUUAAUGGGGUCCUUUCUCUUGGCUUCCUUCGCCGUUGCAGCCCCCACUAUCAUCUUCAAGUCCUCGCCCAAGCACAAGCCCCAUUCUCCCCGUCCUGACAAUUACCCUAUUGCUCUCCAGAAACUCGUCAUCUUCUUCAACGCUCGGAAGGCCAGGCAUAUGAUCCCCGUCCUGAUAGUUACUCUGUUGCUCUCCAGAAAGCCCUCCUCUUCUUCAACGCUCAGAAAUAUGUUAAUUGGCUAUGAAUGUGCUGCAGCUGGAAUAUUGCCUGAAGAUAAUGGUAUAGACUGGAGAGGGAAUUCAGGACUAAGAGAUGGGAUGAAUGAUACCAAUCUGAAGGGAGGGCUUGUUGGAGGAUACUAUGAUGCUGGAGCCAAUGUCAAGUUUCACUUUCCAAUGGCUUAUGCGAUGACAAUGCUAAGCUGGAGUGUGAUUGAAUACAGUCACAAAUACAAGGCCCUUGGCAAGUAUGACCAUGUUCGGGAACUCAUUAAGUGGGGCACUGAUUACUUACUCCUAACCUUCAAUUCUUCUGCCACCAAAAUUGAUAAGAUCUAUUGCCAGGUUGGUGGACAUCAGAAUGGCUCUGUGACACCAGAUGAUCACAACUGCUGGCAAAAACCAGAACAAAUGGAGUAUACACGGCCAACACAAACUUGCAAGGCCGGACCCGAACUUGCUGGAGAAAUGGCAGCUGCCUUAGCUGCAGCCUCUAUAGUUUUCCGGGACAAUGAUGCCUACUCUGACAAACUUAUCAAAGGCUCCAAAACCCUCUUUGCCUUCGCAAGGGAUAUUGGAAGACGGAGGCCAUACAGUCAUGGCAACCCUUAUAUUUCUCCUUACUACAGAUCCACCGGGUACUACGACGAGUACAUGUGGGGUGCCACUUGGUUGUUCUAUGCAACAGGAAACAUUUCUUAUCUUUCACUGGCUAUCCACCCUGGGAUCUCUAAGAAUUCCAAAGCAUUUAACAUGAUUCCAGAUUUGACCGUGCUAAGUUGGGAUAACAAGUUACCAGCAGCCAUGCUACUGCUGGCAAGGCUGAGGAUGUUCCUGAAACCUGGCUACCCUUAUGAGGAUAUGUUGCUGAGGCAUCACAAUGCGACUGGUCAUAUCAUGUGCUCUUAUCUUCAAUACUCGCCCAUAUAUCAGGUCUUCAACUGGACUCGUGGUAUGUACUAUUUAGGAUCUCAACUCUUCGAUCUAUAUACAAUAUAG